AUGAAGAUUAUAUCUGAUGGCUGCUCAAGCGACCUGGACCAUAUGGGUGCUGAGGAGUACUGGAUAGGUGAUUUCAUGCACAGGAAGGAAAACUAUGGCAUUAUCCGGGUUCCCGACGAGUUUUUGGAAGAUAGGUUCAAUCUUGUUGGGCUGGAAAGACGGAUAUUCAACCUUGAGGAGGCAUACAAUUCAAUUCUGGACAGAGGGCCCAGGGGAGACUUUCUAGAGGAGUCCUGCCUGUAUUACCUGAUACACCAGAGGUACAUAUUUACUAAGCCUGGGCUGGAGGCGGUUCUCGACAAAGUCAUGAAUAAAGAGUAUGGCGUGUGCCCAAGGGUGGGAUGCAGGGCAUCUGCAGUGAUUCCUGUGGGGAUGAGCGACUUUCCAGGAAGAAAGUCGACAAAGGUAUAUUGCCACUGCUGCACAGCAGUGUAUGAAUCCGGGAGUAAGCUCCGCAUGCUUGAUGGAUGUGCCUGGGGACGCUCAUUCCCACACUUCUUGAUUCUGACAUAUCCAUACCACUUUCCACUGUCAGCAAGCAAAGAGUAUGUCCCUAGGAUAUAUGGAAUCAGGACAUGCAGGCAUGAUGAUAACGACUCCCACUCGGAGGAUAACUAG